CGUGAUCGUGCUGACAGUUGAUCCUAAUUUGUGGUGUAGUCAAUACGUCAUUCUGAGUCGCGAUAAUUAGGCAAUUGAACAGUUAUCGAGUGAAACUAAAGAGAAUUAGAUUUAAUUUGUUGUCGAGAUGAUGGUUCAGUUUACAAAACGACAGUGGCUGACUCUCAUUGUCAUCAGUAUCGCGGAUUUUGCUAAUGCUGUCUGUGUGUCGCUACAGGCACCGUUCUAUCCCCAGGAGGCGGAGAAAAAAGGUGCUUCCCCAUCAGAAUACGGUCUGGUAUUCGGAAUAUUCGAGUUCGUGGUGUUCAUCAUCAGCCCCAUAUAUGGACAACACUUGAAUAGAAUUGGCCCGAAGGUGCUGUUCAACGGCGGGAUCUUGACGACAGGAACAUGUGCCAUAUUCUUCGGAUUACUCGACAGAGUUGAUGGUCACUAUCCUUUCAUAAUUCUAUCUUUCGUGAUCAGAAUUGUAGAGGCACUUGGCAAUGCCGCCUUUCUCACAGCGAGCUUUGCCAUCAUUGCUAAGGAGUUUCCGGAUAAUGUGGCUACAACGUUUGCCAGUUUAGAAACAUUUUUUGGAUUGGGACUGAUUGUUGGACCCACCGUUGGUGGCGCUUUAUAUCAGGUGGGUGGAUAUACUACGCCGUUUGCCGUCCUAGGAUCAGCUCUAUUUUUAGCAGCUAUAAUUACAGCAUUUGUAUUACCAGUUCAUGAUAACGCACCGGUGGAUGAUCCUAAAUCUGGAGGAUUCACUAAGGUUCUUAAGAUCCCAGGUGUAAUGGUAGCCACAGCCUCAAUAAUAGCAACAAGUAUGAGCAUCGGAUUUCUCCAGGCAACUCUCGAGCCUCAUUUACGAGUAUUUAAUCUGAGUCCAGUUGUUCUUGGUCUAAUGUUUGUGAUAAACGGUGGAAUCUACGCUCUCACGGCACCUGCGUGGGGCUGGCUGUGCGAUAGAAAGUGCACGCCGAAGAUUGUAACAGUAGCAGGCUGUCAACUCAUAAUGGCUGGCUUCAGUUUAAUUGGGCCUGCUCCAUUUAUUCCUUCAGAAACAAAAAUCUGGUUAACGAUUGUCGGCCUUGUUAUCCACGGAUUGGGGAUGGCUGCUCAAUUGGUAGCAAGUUUCAGUGAUGCUUUGAAUACAUCAAUAGCUCAUGGUUUUCCGAAUAAUCUCGAAACAUAUGGCUUGAUAAGUGGUUUAUGGACAAGUGCUUUUGCAUUAGGUGCCUUCAUCGGUCCCAGUAUAGCAGGAAUUCUCUUGAACAACAUUGGAUUCCGAGAAGCCUCAAUGUUCAUUAUCGUCUUGCAUUUAUUAGUGGGCAUUACCGCAGCAGUAUUCCUUUUCUGUUGUUCCCGAACUCCAAAACCUUUUACGGAGAUCGGUGCAGACGACGAGCUACGCGUAGCCCUGACAGACAGUGGCAGAUCACACAGUACGAGUUCAUUCAUACGUGGCCAUCGUCAAGGUGUCCCAAUCGAUCGUCCGAGUGGCAUGAAUUCUCUGAUUGCAUGCAAUAGCUAUUCAAACCGUGCGGGCGCAUGGUCGAGGGCUUCAUACAGUGGCCGAUUCACUCACAGUUAUGGCUCCAUCGAGGCCAAACGAUACCUAGAGAGGACAACGUGAUAGUUCACUCGACAAAUGCAAACGUUUUACCUGAUUUAGUCAUGUAAAUUAGAGAAUGAUCCAAAGACAUUUUUAUGGCAAUUUAGGCAUCUCGUGACAAUUGUAUAUAUUUGUGUUCUUAUUAAGAAGCAGUAUCCACAUCGUUUGAGUGCAGCAAAAUUCUUUGUUGUUUAUUGUUUGUUUAUUCUUCGUUGUUAAUAAUAGUCAGAUAAAUUUGUUUUUAAAAUAAAGGCCAUCCAUUGAGAAACUCAAACCCGGCAUCCAUGAGAAUGAAGAAAUUGAUAUGUCAGGGAAAUCGUAAGGUUCAUAAGGGCCACUAUCAUAUAUGAGGAUUAUAUGAAGGUUACAUCAGGUUAAUAUCGUCGCCGUAUAGCCAAAGGGGCGUAACUGCCAACUUUGCGAGAUUUUUAAAAUUCAAGUUAAAUUGAAUUUACCCACUUUUUCCAACGUUUUUCACCAAUUAAUUUUGAUAAUAACAAAUGGGCGUAUCUCCAUAUAAUGAGAAUAAAAGGGGGGUAUCACCAGGACAUAUGCCCCUUUACUUUUAGUGUCUUGGCUGAUAUUCUAGUCGACUUAGAGCAUGAAUAAUUUUAAAGGGGUGUAAUUCGCAAUGGUCAGAAUGAAAGGGACGUAUCUCCAGCACAUGCGCUUGAUCAAUUGUAGUCUCUUGAUUGAUAUCCUAGGUCACCUGGAGCAUGAACAAUGGCAAAGGGGCGUAACUCUGCAGUGUAGGUUCUUGUUUUUUCUGCUUGUUGUAAUUCAUUUUACGAUUCCACUAAGGAUAACGAAUAUUCUCUCAGUUCCUCUAGCAUUUCUACAGUUAAUUAAAAGUACGGAGAGUACGGCUAAAUGGACUGGGAGGGCAAAAUGGGUCUGCUUCUCCAAGGUGUAUGACGGAUAAUGGCAAAGAGGCGCAAGUGCUGAAUUACGCCCCGUUGGUAGAGAUUUUAUUGUUAAUAUAUUUUUGUUCAGAAAUUGAACGAAAAGUCGAAAAAUCAUUGAAGCAGGAUAUACGUCCUUCUGGCUUUGAAAAAGAGAAUUUUUGCUACUUACGCCCUUUUGUCUAUACGGCGACGAUAUACAAAUCAUAUGGAAAUUUUAUGAAGAUGCUAUGGGGAUGUAAUAAAGGUGCAGGUGGUAAGGGGGUCAUAUUCCAUUCUCAUCCUCAUAGAAUCGGCCCUUAUAACCUUGAUGGCCCUUAUUAGAAUAAUGAGGUUCUGACCCUCAUCACCCUUACGAGCUUCUUAACCAUUAUCAGAUUCCAGAUGCUCGUGAUCCUUCACGACUUUCGACCCCUAUCAGGCUUAUGACUCUUCUGACCCUUAUGGAUGUAAAACGUGAAAGGUUCUGACCCUUGUCAGUUAACCCUUAUUAACCUACACUCAAAUGUCCCUCGAAAAAUCUAGCCUUUCCUG